AUGAAAAUACUUUCAGCUAACUGUACACCGGAACUAUGUCAUAAUGGUGGUACAUGCAUACCAGUUGCCGAUGAUUCUGAACAACUUUGUCAUUGUCCAGAAGGAUUUCAAGGAUCUCUAUGUCAAUAUGAUGUUAAUGAAUGUUUGGUUGAUAACGGUGGUUGUCAUCAUGACUGUGUGAAUACUAUUGGUACAUUUUACUGUCGAUGUUAUCCGGGUUUUCAGCUGGAUUAUGACAACAAAAAAUGUAUCGAUAUAAAUGAAUGUGACGUUGAAAAUGGCAAGUGUUCACAUUGGUGUCGAAAUACAGAAGGUGGCUAUCACUGUGAUUGUCCAGCACAUCUGCAACUGCAUUCAGAUGGCCGACGAUGUGUUUGUAAGAAUACUUGUGCAGCUAACAACGGUGGAUGUGAACACAUCUGUGAGGAACGAAGAAACAAAUUCUAUCGAUGCAGAUGCAAAACUGGAUAUCAUCAUCAUUGUGUCAAUCACAACGGUCGAACUGAAUGUCAGUGCUAUACCGGAUACUUUCUCGGCCGUGAUCGACGGUCAUGCAUAGAUAUCGAUGAAUGUUUAGUAAUGAAUGGCGGUGGUUGUCAGCAUAACUGUGUAAAUGUUGAAGGCAGUUAUAAAUGUAGUUGUCGAGAGGGUUAUCGAUUAUCAACCGAUGGCAGAAGCUGUGAUCAGGUUUUGGAAGGUUGUAAGGUUGGAAACGGUGGCUGCCAGCACGAGUGUUACGAUCAGCCGGACGGUGGAGUAUUAUGUGGUUGUCGAGAAGGUUAUGAUGGCUACAUUUUGAUUUAUGACGGAAAACGUUGUGAAGAUUAUCAAAAAAUGUGCUGUAAAUGUAAUCCUGGUUACACCCUCUCGGUUGAUCGGCAUAGUUGUGAAGAUGAAAAUGAGUGUUUGAUGAACAACGGAAACUGUAGUCAGAUAUGCAGAAAUGAGCCUGGAUCUUAUCACUGUGAAUGUGCUCACGGUUAUGCUUUAGCAGACGAUCGCCGUAAUUGUGUUGGUAAGCUGCUUUUUUAUGAUUUACUCAGUCAUUGGCAUGCAUAUACAGUGUGUCCAGGAAGUAGAUCAAGCCUAUUUAUUUAUUUAAAUUAUAUUAAAUCAGAAAAAAUUGGUAGUUUGAAACUAAAAAGAAUUAAAAAAAGACGUUGCAUUUAUUUCUUUGCCUUGUUUUUAGCAAGAUGUAAUCGUGAGAAGACCGGAUGCAAGUGUUUACCCGGUUUUACAAACACACUCUGUGAAGAUCCAUGUCCGGAAGGCACCUGGGGUGAUGGAUGUAGUCAAAAUUGCGCCUGUAAUGGUGAGACCUGUCACCACAUUACCGGUGUUUGUACUUGUCCACCAGGAGCAACAUGUAUCGACGAUUGUCCUGCUGGUUUUUACGGAACAAAAUGUGAACUACCUUGCUUGAUGUCCUGCAGUACAGGAAAAUGCGAUAAAACAUUUGGCUACUGCGUAUGUCCGCCAGGGCUUUAUGGAGAACAUUGUGAUAAAAAAUGUCCACCAUUUACGUAUGGACCAAACUGUCGGUUCACUUGUAAAUGUGACAAAGAGAAAUCAGUUGGAUGUGAUAGGAAGACUGGUUUAUGUAACUGCAACAAUGGUUUUUAUGGUACUUCUUGUCAAAUGAAUUGCCCGCCAGGCACGUAUGGUCCAUCUUGUAGCAAAAAAUGUCAGUGUAAAAAAGGUUUAACUUGUGAUUCUGCAUCAGGUGAAUGUAGUGAAAAAUGUCAACCUGGAUAUACGGGACCGAAAUGCGAUUUAGCUUGUCCAGUGGGAACAUAUGGUUAUAAUUGUGCACAAAAAUGUUCUUGUCCUGGUGACGAACCAAAAUUUUGUCAUCACAUUACCGGCACUUGCACCUGUAUGCCUGGAUUUUUUGGUUCAUACUGCAAUCAGACUUGCCCACCAGGUCUGUACGGGCCAAAUUGCGCUUACGAGUGUCCAUGUCAAAACGGUGCUAAGUGUAACAGUAAAGAUGGCUCAUGCAUUUGUCCAUCAGGAUUCUAUGGGGUUGUCUGCCGAGAAACAUGUCCAAAUGGUCGUUAUGGCGCUGACUGCAUGCAUUUAUGUGACUGUCAUAACGGUGCAACUUGUUCGCCGGUUAAUGGCACAUGUUUCUGCAAACCUGGUUGGAGGGGAGAGAAGUGCGAACGACUUUGCGAUGAAGGGACUUAUGGAGAAAACUGCUCAAAGAAAUGUACGUGCGCUGAUGGUAUUACGUGCGAUCCAUCUGAUGGGGAGUGUGUAUGUCCCUUAGGAAGACAUGGAGGAAACUGUGAAUUUGAAUGUAAACCAGGACAAUUUGGAGCAGGCUGCAAAGGAGUCUGCUUGUGCCAGAACAACAGUACGUGUAAUGCUACUACUGGUGCAUGCAUAUGUGCUCCAGGUUGGAGAGGUUUGCGGUGCGAAAGACCUUGUCCUGACGGAAGAUAUGGAAGUGAGUGCGCCGGUAUCUGCAACUGUUCGUCAUCAGGUAUUUUUUUUUCCAAUUUAUGUCAUCCAGUUACUGGAGAAUGUACUUGUUCUGACGGCUGGAUGGGAUCGGACUGCCGUACUCCUUGUCCUGCUAAUAGAUGGGGACCUGGGUGCAAAAAUGCGUGCGAGUGCAAAAAUGGCGGAACAUGUGAUCGAAUUACUGGGCACUGUUUAUGCCCGCCUGGAUUUAUGGGGAAGCAUUGUAGUGAAGGGUGUCCAGCGAACCUUUUCGGUCAAAACUGUGAAAACCACUGUUUGUGUAUGCACGACAGUGAAUGCGAUUCUUUGACAGGCCGAUGUAAAUGUGCCCCUGGUUGGACGGGAGACGCAUGUGAAUUCAUUUGUCCGUUCGGUCAAUAUGGUGUUAAGUGUGAGCAGGAGUGCAAUUGUACAAAUGGUGCAGGUUGUGAUCGAACAGAUGGGACUUGUUCGUGUUUGCCAGGUUGGACAGGAAUUAGGUGCGAGAAACCAUGUUCUCAUGGUCAUUAUGGCGUAAAUUGUCAGGAAGUUUGCCAGUGUGAAAAUGGAGGCACUUGCGAUCCUAUCAGCGGGCACUGUAUUUGUGCUGAUGGUUGGAGGGGGCGAAAGUGUCACAAACAGAGGAUAUUUUCAGCAUGUUUAAAAGGUUAUUACGGCAGACACUGUUCUCAAGUUUGCCGAUGUGCUCAUAACAGACCUUGUGACCAUAUAACUGGCCGAUGUCACUGCCCUCCCGGUUACACAGGUCAUUCUUGUACUGAUUUGUGCCCACGUGGUACAUACGGAGAAGGAUGUACCGGUGUAUGUGCCUGUAGUGCCAAUGCAGAAUGUGAUCCCAUUACUGGAAAAUGUCAUUGCAAACCUGGUUAUUCUGGUUCUGACUGUAGUUGCAUACAGGGAAAAUACGGAACAGACUGUCAACAAACUUGUGAGUGUAUUAAUGGAGGGCUUUGCAGUGAUAUUACUGGAGGUUGUACAUGUCCUCCAGGUUUCAUUGGGUUACGGUGCGAAAUUCCUUGCAGCCAAGGCAAAUAUGGUCCUGGUUGUAAAGAAAAGUGUCGCUGUGAACACCAUUCAUAUUGUGAUCCUGUGGAUGGAAAGUGCACAUGUUCGCUUGGAUACACAGGUCCUACUUGCAAAGAAAAUUGUCCACAAGGGAAGUAUGGAGCUAAUUGUUCUUUGGACUGUGACUGUUUUGGGAAUGCACCGUGCGAUCCCACCUCUGGGUGCUGUUUCUGCCCAAAGGGCAGGUACGGCUCGAGGUGUUUAUACGGUUUGUUUGUCUUUUGA